GUAUGCUGACUUUUAGGUCUUCUGUACUCUCAUGACAUUUGUGAAUUGUGAUCCUUCAUUUAAAAAUACAAACUUGACUAUUCAUAUAUGAAUAGUCAGAUGACAUAAAUCAUCUGUUGUGACUUGUAAGCUAUUUAAGAAUAUAUUUAGCCAUAAAACCUCUUUAACUUAUGCUAAACAUGCAAUGAACGUAGCCUCCAUUGAGGAUAAACUUGCUAAUAAAUCAGAAAGAUCUACUUCAAUCGAAUUAUAUUACAACAGAAAAGCUAAGAAGUUACUCUUUCUCUUAAUAGGUAAAUGUGAGAAAUAAAAGAAUAUGCUCUUUUAUUUAAAUAACCUUAAACGCACAAUUUCAUUUGCAGAACCUUUAUUAAAUAAAUAUAGUAUAAAAUUGCUUAUCUAAAAAAUAUAUAUUAAUUGAUCUUAUGGAUUUCUUUCAUAUUACCAAUAAGUUAGAUAGGUUUUUAUAUAUUUCCUUUAUAAAAAUAUCUAAAUUUGUUAGCAAGUUUGAGAAUCUAAUAUUGAUUGAUAGUUGUUUAGAUACAUAUAAAUACUUAUUAUAAUCUACUAAUUUAGAGUUAUCCUUUUUAUAAAAUAAAUCCACAUAUAAACGCAUACACAAACUAUUCAUAGUUCAUAUAACCAAGCUAUGAAGAAUGAAAUAGAAGAGAGGUUUGAAGAUUGGAAAGGUAGAGAGGCAAUCCCUGGCAAACAUGGUGGGAUCGGACCGGCAUCUAUUGCUUGUGUUGUAGAGGUGAUGGAGAACAUAGUGUUCGUUGCUAAUGGAUUCAAUUUCGUUGAAUACUUCAUGAGUUCGAUGCACUAUUCACCAGCCACAGCAGCAAACAUGGUCACUAACUUUAUGGGAACAACGUUUUUGCUCACUCUUCUUGGUGGUUUUAUUGCCGAUUCUUUCCUUACUAAUUUCACAACUUUCAUCAUCUUUUGUUGCUUGGAACUCAUGGGAUUAAUCUUGCUGACAUUCCAAUCUUAUAGCCCCAAGCUCCAGCCUGAGAGUGAUAAAACACCCUCAACUCUUCAAGCAACGAUUCUUUUUACAGGACUUUAUGCGAUGGCUUUUGGUGCUGGCGGUAUCAAAGCCUCGUUGCCCACCCAUGGAGGCGAUCAACUUGACAGGGGAAAUCCAAGACUGAUCUCAAGAUUCUUUAAUUGGUUUUACUUCUCUAUAUGUUGUGGAUCCAUCUUGGCAGUAACUAUUGUGGUGUCAAUCGAGGAGAGCAAAGGUUGGUUUUGGAGCUUUACUAUCUCAGCCGGGACUCUAGCCCUUGCACUUCUUAUUUUCAUGGCAGGGUUACCGUUUUAUCGAUUCAAGUCUCCUACUGGAAGUUCAUUGACAAGGAUCACAAAAGUGAUUGUUUCUGCUGCACGAAACCGAAAUAAGUCUGAUUUGGAUGAGGAGAUGAUGCAAAGUCUUACCUCUACGGACGAGGGCAUUUCUCAUACCAAGUUGAAGUGUUUAGAUAAAGCAAUGUUGAACAAAAACAUCUCAGCAAUAGAAGUUGCGGAAACAAGAACAUUUUUGGGUCUCCUGCUAAUCUUUUUUAGCACGAUUGCUAUGAACUGCUGCUUGGCACAACUAUCGACUUUCUCGGUACAACAAGGCAUGAUCAUGGAUAGAAAACUCUUUGGUUCCUUCGAGAUCCCCGUGCCUUCUCUGGUCGUUAUUCCUCUACUCCUCGUGAUUUUAUCAAUACCUUUAUAUGACUAUUUCGGAAAAGGGAUCUCAUCAGACAUAUCACCAAGCUUCAAUUUAAAUCGCAUCCGACUUGGCCUAGCUCUCUCAUCUUUUUCGAUGGUGGUUGCAGCGAUUGUGGAAACGACGAGGAAAUAUGUAGCGGUUCAUUACGACUUCAAAAUAUCUGUUUUAUGGCUAAUGGUUCAGUAUCUGAUGCUAACUGUGGCUGAUACGUUGGCAUUUGGAGGGAUGCUAGAUUUCUUUUAUAGAGAAGCUCCAUCGAACAUGAAAAGUAUGAGCACGGCAUUGGGCUGGUGUUCGGCCGCAUUUGGUUUCUUCCUUAGCACAGCUCUUGUGGAGAUCACCAAUACGAUCACAGGUUGGCUUGGUCAUCAAUGGCUUGGUGGAGAAGAUCUCAACGAAACAAGUCUUGAAUUGUUUUAUGUGGUCCUUUUUGUUCUUAAUACUCUUAAUCUUCUUAACUAUAACUUCUGGACUAAGGGAUAUUAAGCGACACA